AUGACAAUCUUUCAUACCGCUGUGAUGGCGUUUCCUCUGGUCCUGAUGGUGACUCCAUUAACGAAACUGACCAACCAAGCAGACCUAAUGAUGAUAUUUUCGAAUCCUUAAAACCCAAGCGGAGUAAGUGGACUCCUCAACCAAGUCAGUUGUCAGCCUUGGACCACUAUAUUGACAAAUUUUGCAGGGAAGGAAACCAACGAGUCUUCAAACGAAAACCUACGCGGUGCAACCUUACUCCGGGAGAACAAGAGACCUUACGGAGACUGCGAAGUAGAACCGACGUUAUAUUCCGACCUGCCGACAAAGGUUGGGCUUUUGUAGUUUGGAGUAAAGACCUCUACUUGACUGAGGCUUUAAAAAAAGCUAUCCGACGAACGGUUUUACCAGCAAAUAGCCGAGGAUGCUACCGGGGAACGCAGGGUUUUGGUCCGUUCAAACAACUUCCACCAUCAGCAACUAGCCUUGUUGCUGAAUGUCCUCGUACUUCUAAAUUUUAUUUGUUGGCUAAGAUACACAAACCUGGCAACCCUGGGCGGCCAACUGUCUCCGCUUACGCAUGUCCUACAGAGAAAUUAGCUUUAUAUCUCGACAAGGUAACAGCUCCCUUCGUACGCGGCCUGGAGAGUCACGUGAAAGACACAAUGGACAUCAAAUCACUGUAUACAGUCAUUCCCAAUGAAGAAGGUCUGGUGUCGCUGAAAUAUUUCCUGGACAAGAGGGAGGUCAAAGACCCACCAACUGAUACUCUUGUUCGCAUGGCUGAAUUGGUGCUGACCCUCAACACCUUUGAGUUCAAAGGCGAAUAUUACAAAUAACUAGGCGGCGUGGCAAUGGGUAGCAGAUUAGGGCCAAACUACGCAUGUCUCUUCGUUGGCUAUGUUGAAGAGAGGAUGCUAGCCGAAAACACUGGUAGGAAGCCUGAUUUGUAUAAGAGAUACAUGGACGACGUAGCGGGCGCAGCCUCGGGCAGUGAACAAGACCUACAGCAGUGUCUUGACUUUGCUUCGAAGUACCAUCCUAAGCAUGUCUACACGUGGUCUAUCUCAUCUGACAAACUCCCGUUCCUAAACAUUUUUAUGACACCCUGUGACGACCGCCUAUCGACAUCGAUUUAUUACAAAGACACUGACAGCCAUUCAUAUCUGAACUUCGGGUCGUCACAUCCAUCCAAGUGUAAAUUGUCCAUACCACAUACUCAGUUUCUACGGCUGCGAAAGAUCUGCAGUGAAGACGACGUUUUUCAAAGUGAGGCCACAACCAUGGAGACCUUUUUUGCUGCACGUGGUUACCCCCAUGACCUAAUUUCAAGAGCACGUCUCCGAGCGGAAGAAAGACAGAGGGCUGACCUAUUAGUCACCAGCCACGGUAGUAACUGCACUGCGGCCGACCGAUCCCCACUGGUCAUUACAUACUAUCCUAAGAACAUCGCCGUCUGUAAUAUCCUACUGCGAAAUUAUACCAGUCUACAGGAUGACGAUAGCAUCAAGGUCACAUUUGACAAACCGCCGCUUAAAGCCUUCCGUCGCGCUAAA